CCUAUCCCCCCAGAACCUUCGCUGCCCUCUUAAAAUAAGCAGUGGGGGGAAAAUAUUCAAAGCGUUCCACCUCCUCUCAAACAGCCAGGCACACACACACACUUCUAGAGCUCACUGUGAAAACUUUCCCCUGCAACUGCUGAAUAGGUUAGUGCCUGCGACAGGACAGCGCCGAGUGAGAAGAGACAGUGAAAGCGGAACGCAUAGCCGGUUACGAGCUGCCUGGGGUUCGGGAAUGGCGGAGAGUCGGAAUGGUCCAUGCCCUCCUUCCGAACCGCACAUGUGAACCGAACCCCGUCUCCUCCGGGUCGAUUUUGUUACGUAUUAGGAGGCAAAGGACAGUAAAGAGCGAGAAAGAGACGAGGGGAGGAUUGAAGUAUCUAAGACAGCCUGUCGACACCACUCUCCUCUCAUCUCGAGAUGGUCUGCGCGCCAGGACUUCGAUGGUUCCUACUUACCGCUCUCUUGCACGCUGUUGCACCCCUGGACAUCCGCGAGAGACCAAGGCAAUGUGACCCACCGAAGUCGCAAAGUGACAUGAACUCAUUCCUCUGGACAGUGAAGCACCCAGCUCCCUACCCUCCAUCCUAUCUUUUCGGGACCAUCCAUGUUCCCUACACCCGUGUAUGGGACUUUAUCCCAGACGUCUCCAAACGGGCCUUCCAGACCAGCACCAACGUAUUCUUCGAGUUGGACCUGACUGACCCCCUGACGAUCUCCAAGCUGACCAGCUGCCAGCUGCUGCCCCACGGGGAGAACCUGCAGACCCUGCUGCCCCGGGACCUAUAUCGCCGCCUCAAACGCCACCUGGACUACGUUAAGCACAUGAUGCCCUACUGGAUGACGGCGGACCAGCGGGGCCGGGGGCUGUACGCUGACUACCUCUUCAACGCCAUCGCAGGGAACUGGGAGAGGAAGAGGCCUGUCUGGGUGAUGCUGAUGGUUAACUCUCUGACGGAGUCAGACGUGAGGUCGCGGGGGACUCCCGUACUGGACCUGUUCCUGGCCCAGGAGGCCGACCGCAUGGGGAAGAGGACACUCGAUAUUCUGUUACACAUUUAUACACACCCAGAGGAGCACUUCAGCCCUGCUCACCCCCACCUCACACCCCCUAUCAACUCCUUCCCCCUCAACACUCUGUGUUUCAGGCCUGACUCUGCACCUCUGUAG